ACUUGGUGGAUCCGGUGUAUAAAAUAAAGGAAGUAUUGAUAAGAUAUCUUUUUUUAGUUAUAAUGAAAAUAUCACUUUUUUGUUUUCACCAAUACUCCAAUACAGACGUUAGGAUAGAGAACAAAGGUUAAUUUUGUUUCAUAUUAGAUAUCAUGCCUGGCCAUAAAGUCUUUAGUGGCGCUUACAAAGUGGAAAAUGCCAUUUAACAAAGAAAAUAAUGGCCAUGGACAGUUUUGGUGAUAGUCUAUGUCUAGAAAAAUUUUGUGAACAAAAAUAAAAACAUAUUAGGCUUUGUAAAGCCUAAUAUUCUGCAUAUAUUCUAAUAGUUUUUUUUUUUUUUUUUUAAAAUUCUUUCAUAACUCUUGAUUACAAUUUUUUAAUAAUUGGUCAACAGUUGGUAAAGGGAGAUUACUCUGACACCAAUGUUGCUAACUAAAACAAAACAAUCAUCUGGCAUUUCUUGUUGCUCAAGACCCCUUAAUUCUUAAUUUACUUUAACAUUUACACUCUAAAGACUAAACUAAUAAUAUUCCAGGAGUCGGCAGUUACAAUCUGUUAGGUGAUCACCAUGGUCCUAUUAAAGACUUGGACCUCAACAGAACAAGAUCCCUUAACAGAUUAGAUCAAAGUGGAAGGACUUAUAAAGACAUAGGGUACAGACUAACAGACAAAAAUGAAAUGCCUGGACACAUAGAGUCGUUGCACAUGAAACUAAAAGAAGCGCAGGACCAGAUCAAAAGCUUGGACAUUCUCCUCACGGGGGCCAACAAACAAAAGGAUAUGUUUGAAAAAAAUUAUAAAGUCUUGGAACAGAAGUUGUCUUCAUGUAACAAAAACCUGAAAGAGCUAGAAAGUGAAAAGAACAAAUUAAACAAAGCCAUUUCAGAAUUGCAGAAGGAAAAUACAGAUUUGGAAAGCAAAAGAGCCAGCGCUGAACAUGAGAGCCAUGCUAUUUCUGCUCAGCUGGAAAAGGAAAAGAACAUUGUAAAGAAUCUACAGAAAGAAUGCUCGUCACUUCAGUCUUAUGUCUGUAAACUUCAGAAUGAGGUGAAAGAACAGAAUCCGAGAAAAUCAAAUUAGCAAAAAUCAUUUCAAAGUUGGAAAACACUAAAGCUAAUUUGGAGAAAGAUAGGGAUGCCAUCUCUUCUUGUUUGAAUGAGGAAAAAGAAAGAUAUAAGAAAAAAUGUGCCACUUUAAUGUCAACAAUAACACAGUUGCAAAGGGAGGGGAAAAUUAAUGAUGAGGAAAACAAUCAAAUGGACAGAACAAUCCAAGAGCUAGUGACAAUGAAUGCCAGUCUAGAGAAAACUAAAGAUAUCAUUGCUACUCAGCUUGAAGCCGAGAGAGACAAGUCACAGAAAGAGUUAAAAUCAUCCAUAUCAGUAUUACUAGAGGAAUCAGAGGCAGAGAAAGUCAAGUUAAGCAGCAGAAUAAUGGAGUUACAGAAAGAGACAUUAGAAUUGGGAAAGAAAUUAGAAAAUACUGAGCAAGAGUUUCAAUCUGUUUCAGCCCAACUUUUGGAAGAAAAGAGUUCAGUCAGCACUAUCAAAGAAGAAUGCUCAGCAAUGAAUUUUACCAUUUUAACAAUGGAGCAUGAAAUAGCAGAUUUGAAAACUGAAAAAAUUAAUUUAGUCCGAGGUUUAUCAGAGUUAGAAAACGUUAGAGCUAGUCUUGAGAAAGACAAAAAUGCCCUCUCUUCAUGCAUAGAGGAGGAAAGAGAAAAGUCUAAAAAAGAAUGUUCAGUUUUUAUGUCAUUAAUAACAUUUGAACAUUUUCACUCGGAAGUGGUUCAAUUAAAAUUAACAAUUGAUGAGCUAGAGAAACAAAAUGCUAGCUUAGAGAAUGAUAAGAAAGCUAUUUCUUCCCAAUGGGAAUUCGAAAGAGACAAAUCACAGAUUGCACUUGAAGAAUCAGAGGCAGAGAAAGAGAAAUUGAAUGCUAUGAUAUCAGAGGUACAGAAAGUGUCAUUGGAGUUGGAAAAGAAAUUAGAUUCAGUACAAAAGUGUCAAGCGAUUUCUUCUGAACUGAAGGAAGAAAAGAUCUGUUAGCACUGAGGAGUACUCAUUGAUGAAGUUAGCUGUUUUAUCAAUGGAAACUGAAUUAGCAGAUCUAAAAGCUGAAAGAACAACUUUAGUUCAGACUAUGUCAGAAUUAGAAAAUACUAGAAUCUGCCUUUCUUCUUGCCUUGAUGAGGAGAGAGACAUGUCAAAGAAAGACUUAUAGAUUUUAAUGUCAUCAGUUGUAGAGCUAAAAAAUGAUAUUGAAUAUUUUCAAGUGGAAAAAAAUCAUUUAAAUGAAACCAUCAAUGAGUUAAAGAUGCAAAACACUGGGUUAGAAGAAGAUAGAAAAGCCUUGUCUUGCCAGCUGGAAGAUGAAAAAGAAAAGGCAGAGAGACAUGUAGCAGAAUUAUUGGAAGAAAAAGUCAGACUAAAUGAUAUUAUUGCUGUUUUGCAGACAGAGUCUUUAGCAUUGAAAAAUCAAUUAACUAAUUCUGUUCAAGAAUGUCAAGUUCUUUCAAACGCAACUGAAUGAAAAAAAUGUGAAAUAUUUAGAAAUGAAGUCAACCAUCUCAAGAUUGGAUAAAGAAGUUACAUAUUUAGAAAAUACAAAAGCUAGCCUGGAAAUGGAGAGGGAUAGCAUCUCUUCCAGUAUGAUGGAGGAGCAAGAAAAGUUUCAUAACGAAUGUUCAGUACUGACAUCUUCAAUCUUAGAAUUACAGACCACAGUAACAAACUCUGAAGGCAAGAACAAUGUCUUGAAUAAAACUGUACUAGAACUGCAAUCUAAAAAUGCUCAUUUAGAAAAUGAUAUGAAUAUCAUUUCUUCCCAGCUAGCUGAUGAAAGGGAACAAUUCAAGAAAGAAUGCUCCAGUUUGAACUCAUCAGUAGCAGAACUGACGCAGAAGCUUGAGCACUGUGAGAAUGAGAGAAGUAACUUGAAUCAAACAAUACAGGAGCUCAAGACUAUGAUUGUCCAUUUGGAAAAAGUCAAGGAGGCUUUGUCAUCACAGCUGGAAGAAAAGUAAGUCCAUAAUUAUUGUUUGAUGUACAUUUCUCUCCUGGUACACUAUGUUUAAAAAUUAUUCUCAGUUAAAAGAUUAAAGUAAAGGUUACCUGUUUCUGUGGCUUACAGUUCACGAGGGUUUCAACUGGUCAGCAUGACGACCUACCGCCUUACUUUUCCCUAACUAAUGUCAGUUACCCAUUAGCGCUGGGUGAACUCAAAGUGCCCAAAGAUCCCAAAAUUAAAAAUCCAAGUCUUCACAGGAUUCGAACCCAGGACCCCUAGUUCAGAAGCCAAGCACUGUACCGCUCAGCUACAGCGCUUCAGUUAAAAGAUGUUAACAUUUUAUCUUUAAAAAGAAAUUUUUUAUUUAAAAUUACUUUUGUAUAGCGCAUUUUUCAUGCUAUAGCAGGCUCAGUGCUCUCUAGUUCAAACACUUGUGGACUUAGUGUGUGGUAUGUGUAUGUUGGAGGGGGGGGUAUCUGGGAGAAGAUUUUGCCUUAUUGUAAGAGAGGUAUCUGGUAUAUUUCUGUGCCCACAUGAUAGGUAGCUAAAGUGACAUUCAUCCACGUCCCAACAAAGUGACAAUUUUGCAUUGUUUUUAAUUACCUGUUUCUCUUAGGGCUCUGUUUUGUUGUGGUGGUGAUAUUAGAUGUUGUAAAUUAAAAGUUGCAUCGUUAAAAGAAAAUUCCUGAUUAAUCAUGUCCUAAACCUAUAACAGUUUGUCUACUAAAUGGAAUGAAUGACUUGCACUUGAGAAAAAAAAUGUUUACAAAAAUUG